GCUCCUUGAAAUAUGGAGGAGAAGCCGCCGAGGAAAGUGGCAGCAGGAAUUGGCGCUUCGAUCAAUGAUUUGCCCGAGGUUGUGCUCGAGUACAUACUAUUGCAGCUUUCACCCUACUCUGAUUUACACGCAUGUUCGCAGGUAAACAGACUAUGGAACUUGUUGGCAAAGAGGGCAAUGGUGAAGAUUCGCCGAAACCUCGAACAGGCGGUACAGAAUCAGCAGCUUCAGUGGUUCACCAGGCCUAUCGAAGAAGGGGAGAUUGGCGCCUCCUAUAUACAAAAGCGUCACUCACACUCCUGUGUUGUCCUAGGGCGACGCAUGUACGUGUUCGGGGGCUGCACGUCGAACACCUCCACUACCUACAACGAUCUAUGGUCAUACGAUCUUGCGCGUCGUGUAUGGGUAAAACCACUGUCGUACGGGACGUAUCCUCCACCGAAGGCAUGCGCUUCAUUGAUUACGCACCAGAAUAAACUCAUUUUGUUUGGAGGUUGGGCACACACCUCCCCGUAUUAUCCACUUUACAACUCUUGGCGUAUCUUUGACCACAUCCAUACCUAUGAUCCCGCUAUGAAUUGCUGGACAGAAGUUAAUCGUAUGGCCACUUCAGGUUGUUGCCCAGCGACAGCAGGUCACACCGCGUCCCUCUUUCGGGAGGACAAAAUGCUGCUUUUUGGGGGACUCCAGGCUCUUGACGACGGCCGUGGACCGCCGUACAACAUGUCGAAUGACGUCUGGCUCCUGAACCUAAAAAGUUGGAUGUGGUCAAAGCAAAAAAUUCAAGGCGCAAAACCAAAGCCUCGAUAUGGGCACUCACAAAUCGCUCUUGAUGAGGAUCACAUUCUAAUUAUCGGUGGUUGUAGCGGUCCCGAUGAGAUGUUGUAUGAUUUGUGGCUGUUGGAAGCGUGUUCAAGGAAUCGAACAUCAGAUAAUCUCGAAUGGAAAUGGUACCCGAUCGAGGUAGCGAACCAAAAAGAUGGGGCACCAAGGCUAAGUUUUCACCCAGCUUGCCGUGUAGGCGACUGGGUCGUUAUGCUUGGUCGUAGUCGAUAUGGCGCAAAAAGUGUUCCACAGGCUUCGGUUCGAGUAUCACAUGCAUCGCCUCUACGAGCUCGUCCAGCUAAUGGCGAUUUUAUGCCUGGGCCGUCUCGACUCGACAGAGGUCCGCCAGGUGGAGCCGUCGCUGCUCAAGGAGGGGCAGCAGCUGGCGCAGUGGCUUCCCCCACACACGCCGCUGGCUGGAAAUCAACAAUGAGUGUCUAUGCUCUUGAUAUCUCUGAGUCGGUAGUGAAGAAACGAGCCUGCUGGGUGGAGCGGGCUGAAGCAGCAGGACGUGUCCAUCAGCCGCCCGAGCAUCUUGUUCUAUAUACACUCGUCAAAGGACAGGGUGAAUUAUUGAUGUUUGGAGGUAUUCGACGCGAGAGCUGUGCUGGCAAUUCUGAGGUUCCGGCCAAUUCCGACAACGCUUCCAAUGAUCUUUACUCGCUGUCCUUUACCCAAGAGGUCAUAUGAUCUAACUAAAUGGAAGUACAGAGCGCCAAAAAUAGGACGACUACUCGUUGCUUUGCUGUCGCUACGUUUUUCGGCCUACAAGUUGAUGCUGGAUUUACGGGAUUUUAAGACGAAUUUGAUCUCGAAGCUGAUAAUAGGUGAUGUCGGUACCCUAACGAAAUCCAGCGGCAUUUCCUCUCUUCAAAUUUGAGCGGGCGAUAGAAAAUUGAGUUAGCUACGUCCAUUCAACUUGUGCGUCUGUGCAGAUGGCUUUCCCCGCGGCUGUUUCUGUAAUUUGUAUAUUUCUCCCACUUUGUCUCGAUUCAGCAUGUGUUCGCGCGUAGGUGCUUUCUAAUGUCAGCUUUUCCGUAAGUAAGGUACGUAAGCGAAGCUACUAUUGAGUAGAAUGGCCCAUUUGUACACAGGUAUAACGGCGGUCAUGCCAAAGCACAAUGAUUCGAGUUAUGAACAAAAACGCACGCAAGUGGACAACGAAAGGCAGCAGUCGAAGCGUGCCGAACAAACUCCUCGAAGUCACGGCUGUCCGUGACUGAGUAUGGUGUUGAAGAGUGACGCUGGAUGCAGACGCGUCCUGUCGUAUCAAGCACUAACCCGCAACUGGUUUCAAAUGUAAUUUUCAGUACUGAUUAAGUUGAACCCUGGAUGUGUAGGUGGAAUUCCUCAUGUAUAAACUGUUCUAUAUGACGAAGAUGUGGGAGCGAAUCUGAGAAGCAGUAUGUUCGGCAACCACAUGGCAAAAAUGACAAUUGUAAUGAAGCAAAGCAAAAGCUCGAUCACAUAUUGUAUAGUACUAGACAAACAAAUCAGUGUGACAAAUGCAAACAAAGGAUCGUAUGAUAAUUAUUUGAAAGGCAUUGCGAGCUUCCGGUCUAUAGGGAAGUAACGCACUCUUAAUAACUAGUUGUUUACUAGUAGUUAUUUUCAAUUAGCGUUAUUAUGCGACUGCGUUACGUUGUUUCGUAUGAACUAUGCACCAUCUGAGUUUCAUUUCGAGCAACACUUAGCAACCGAACGAAUGCCGAACGAAGUUCUCCUUGAUUCGUCUGAGUGACUUGGAAACGGUAGAUCCCGCUUUAUGAUGAAGUUCAUGCAUGUUUGUAUACUGUCUAUUCUAUUCUAUGUAAAACACAAUGUUAUUUACCCGAGUGGAAAUACAUACAGUUACGUCUAUUUAUUCAACAACUUGAUACAUACACGUACGCACACACGAGCAUACACAAAACAUACCGAGACUGAAAAGGUUGUUAAUA